CGCCGUUUGAGGUUUUCAUGAGAAAAAACAAAACAAAAGAGAUGAGCACGAAAGUUUCCUCUUGAAAACAGAUCAGCUUCCUCCAGUCUCUGCUGACGCAGAUUGGGUGAGGUGGGGAGAGGGGCAGCAAUGGGCAAGGGCCCCCAAUAGUCCUACUCUGGGCAGCUGAGAUGCAGAGUGCGAUGCCAGAUUCACCAGGGGCUCACCUUAGGACCCAGCGUGCUCUUCCCAGGGCCGGGGUCUUGCCAGUCAUGGACAACAACUUGACCUCCUGGCUGAGCCACUCUUCCUGGGAGCGCCGGAAGGCAUGGGCCAAGCCAAGUGUGGCUGUAGAUGAAGAGGGGCCCCAUGCUGAAGAGGAGGCAUCCCGCACACCCCAAGAAGCUCCUGGACCCUCGUUCUUGGAGGAUGGUUUCUUGCAAGGGAGCUCAUCCAAUAAGAUUGAGAGCUGGCUGCAGGAAUGCAGCUCUUCACUGGACCCCUUCUCAGAGAGCAUCUCUGCUCCGUGUGCCUAUGCUGGAUCCUGCAGCAACAGAACCAGCUUUGAAGAUGACCUUAGCCUGGGAGCAGAAGCAAUGGUGCUACUGGACAAAGACAGAGCUGAGCCUAGGUCCCAAAAACAUACAUUCUGGCCUUCCCAACAUCUCAAUCUGGAUCACAGCAUGACUUCCAGUGCCAUCUCAGGCAGCACUAACAAGACCAGCUCCAGCAUAUCUGAGGUGCUGGACCUCUGUGAAGCUGAUGCCGAGACCAUCUUGUGCAACCUGGGCUUCAUACAAGAGGAGACACAGGCUGCAUCUUGGAUCCCAUCUCGGUUCUUCUCGGUUCCCUCCCAAGCUGAGGGCAUUGAUUUCCAGCUCUUCCUCAGAGCCCAGGUACAACGGUUAGAGAUGGAGGAUCCUUGCUUGAUGUUAGCAAGUCGGUUCAAGCAAGUCCAGACUCUGGCUGUCACGGCUGAUGCUUUCUUCUGCCUCUACUCUUAUGUGUCUAAGACUCCCAUCCAAAAGAUUUCCCCUGCCCACUGGUUCUGGGCUUUCCCAGACAUCCCAGAUUCUUGGGAUGUUCCUUCCCAGCCAGAGUCUCUGCCUCCUCUCAAGCGUUUGCAAAAAGCUGUUUCCACAAUGUGCUUGUACACUUCCGCCCGAGGAGGGCCUCAAGGACCUUCCGCUGUACAAUCUUCUAUGAGCCGUCUGGAACGGGUAGUGUGGGAAGUGAUGGAAAAGGCCCGCAGAGACAAGCUCCACUUUGAUGUGGAAGGCUUGAAGGAUGAGACUCACGCAGCACUCCCUGAAGUCCCCUUGCAUCAUGGCGGAAUGGGAAGUGACUCUUCAGAGUCUACCGUAGUGGAGACGACUCCUGUGAUUUCUUCCCACUACUGCCCUGAAGCUACAUCUCAUUCAAAGUUGGAACCAUGGCUUUCUCACUGCAUUGGUGAAGAAAGCAUAGAGGGGCCAGACCACCUUGGCCACCAAGAACUGUACUGUUAUGGACACCAUUCUCUAGAAGUGGUUUCAUCUCCAGAGGAAAGCAGUGAAGAAUCCCUUGGGGAGUGGUCAGCAGAAAGGGACUCACCCACCAGAGAGGAGAACUGUAGGGACAUCUUGACAGAGUUGAGGUAGCACAGUGGCUAAGAGUGUGAGCCGUAAGCCAGAAAGCUGGCAGAUCAAAUGCUGCUUUCAUUGUGAACUUAGCAGUGAGCUGCUACAUGUUAUCUGCUCCAGACCCACAAGUGCACUGUGGGUGCUAAAUUGUAGUGACUUGCCUUUAUUCUUGUAAAGCAGGGUUGGCUAACCCAUGGCCUGUAUCUAGCAUACCAGAAGAUUUUUGUGGCCCCAAAACCUUACUCCACUUUGGCAUUUUUAAAAAAUUAAAAGGCAGAUAACUUUAUAUAAAAGGCAAACUUUAAUUAAAAGGCAAAUAACUAGAGCAGAACCAAUGAAGCUGGCAAGGAGGAAACAUGGAGUGUAUUGGAUGCUUUGUGGCCUUAAAACAAUGACAAAGUACCUGUGGGAAAUUGUUCAGUGUUCCACAUAAAGUAUUGCUCACAUUGGGAAGCGCGCAAAUUGGU